GUUUGUUUUCAUUACUUCCAAGACAUUCUAAAUUUCAAGUGCUACAUGUUUAUAUAACCAUGCUUUCACAUCACGGUCUAAAAAGGAGUAAGAAACGAAAAUCUAACAGUGUUACAACUAACAGUAAAGUUAAAAAAAUUUCAAAUAUCUUAGAAACUCAAGCUAUAGAGGAUUACAAAAGUGAAACAGAGCCAGAAUUCAAAAUUCACAGUGGAGUACAUGAGUACAAUGUCAAAAGGCUCUCCGGAGUUUUUGUUGUUAAACCGUGUUCUUUUGGAAGUACAGGAUUAUUAACUAAGAAAAGCUCAACAGUUGUAAUGAAAUCAUCUAAGACCGAAGAAGAGAGGCCACCAAAGAAAUUAUCAACUUCAGUUGUUGGUUAUAAAUCUCAGAAAACCAAUUUAAAUUCUCAUGGAAAAUGUAUUUCACAUGAAACAAACCCAAUUCAGAGAGCCAGUACACAUCACAGCAUGACUAAAUACAUCAUGAAGGAGGAUCAAAACACGAGUAAUACAAAUAAAAAAUGUAGAGAGUUACUGAAUUUAGUCCAUCAAGCAAUUAAAAUGCAGAAAAUAUUUAGUAUUGGAAACAGUAGAAGAGCAUUUUCUCCAAUUCGGAAAGCUUUAAAAGCUCGAGGAUGGAUUGAAAAGUGUUCUGCUGAAGUAUUAGUUGAAGAAGACACGCACACAAAAACUUCAGAAAUUAUUAACCGCCUCCUCAAAGAAUGUGAUGCUAACUUUAUCUGGGUCAUUAACAGCAUUGACUUUGGGAGUGUACGAGACAGUACAAUUGUCAGCAGAUUUCCGAAAAGCAACCAUUUCACUACUAAGGUUGGUUUGUGCAGCUUUUUGGAUGAAUUUCAUUGGUUUUACGAGCCAAACAUAUCAAAAGCUGUUGCACCACGAACUUUCAAGAUAGUCACUGAGGAGGAUAUUGAUAAUUUUAUCAAAGAGUUUGGACUAACAGCUUGUGUAGCGCUGCUGAAGAUUAUAGUAAAUCAGGUGACGACUGCUGAAUCUGAUCACUUCUUCCGCAACGGAAAGGUUCCUGUGAGUGUGGUUGACUUUGCAAAUGCACAAUGUUCUGAGUACAUUCAGCACAGACAACAUGAUGAUAUAGACAGGCAGGAAAGCUCUCCAACAACGGCAAAAGACUGGACAGAUUUCCUAACCUGGUUUAGCAGACUCGCUCAUGAGGACGAAAAAUUUCAGACGACAUCUUAUCCUAUGAUUCAGGCAUUGUAUACAAUGAGCAAAAUUACUCUGAAGAAUAUCGAGCCUUAUUGGCCUCUGUUUGAGGUUGAGGGGUGGAAGAAUCUGUGGGUAGUGAAGCCUGCAGCAGAGUUCUGUGGCAGAGGUGUGAAAGUAAUGAGGAAUCUCGAGGACAUCAUCUGUAAUGUGGAGGCAGCCACUGACUUCCGGAUGGGUCGACAUAUUGUUCAGAAAUACAUUGAGCGCCCUCUUCUGAUUUACAACACCAAGUUUGACAUCCGACAGUGGUUCCUGGUCACCAGUGUCUACCCUCUGACAAUAUGGUUUUAUAAGGAAUGUUACCUACGGUUCAGUUCUCAGCCAUUUUCACUUGUGAACCUCCAUGAGUCUAUUCAUUUAACGAACAAUGCCAUUCAACGGAACUAUUCAAAUAACCGACACAGAGACCCAAAACUGCCUCAUGAAAAUAUGUGGCAUUCCUCAAAAUUUCAGGACUAUCUCAAUGAAAUUGGAGAAACGGACAAGUGGAGAACGGUAAUACUGCCCGGCAUGAAACAGGGAAUUGUGGGAGCAGUUCUGGCGUCUCAGGACGAUAUGAUUGACAGAGCAAACAGUUUUGAGCUGUAUGGAGCAGACUUCCUAUUGGGCAUCGAUUACAUCCCGAUCCUGCUAGAAAUCAACAUGGGUCCUGCCAUGUACGCUUCGACAAAAGUUACUGGAGAUAUUUGUAAAAGAGGCCUUGAAGACGUUAUUAAAGUUGUGCUUGACAGGAAACACAAUUGGCGUGCUGACACAGGAAAGUUUGAAAUAUUAUACCGCCAAGAGAUGGGCCCGAAACAACAUCAUGUUGGCCUCGAUUUGAUGAUAUCUGGUUCUAAAAUUAUUCCUGAGAAAAGAAAUGCUCUCUCCAGAAAACCCUAAGAAAUCAUUUACUUUUAAUUCUCUAUUCUAAUUGAAAUUUUUUAUAUGUUAUACUUGUAAUAAAAAGUCUAAUUGAAA